AUGGACGGUUGUGGGACUUUGUUUUGGCAUCCAAAAUGGAUGCAAAAAUUUGCGAAAGCACGAUGUUUCAUUGUGGUUUAUGUGGUGUUAGGUACAAUUCAAUCGGCCAGCGCCACUUACUUUAAUAUCACAUUAACUACACUUGAAAAACGCUUUAGAAUCCCUAGUGAAACAACGGGAAUAAUUCUGAGUGGCAAUGAAGUAUCGCAGAUUUUAUUGUCACUGAUUUUAACGUAUUUCGGUGGUCAAAAGAACACUACAAAGUGGAUGUCAUGGGGUGUAGCUUGCAGCGCAUUCUCAUGCUUCAUAUUGGCAUGGCCGCAUUUCAUUUAUGGCGCCGGCGAAGAAGCACUUCAAUACACACAAGAAUUCUUAAAAGCAAUUUUAAUUAUUCAUUCAAUACAGAAUAUUUCAUCAGAGAUCGAUUCAAAUUCAAAUAAACUUAAAAAUAGUAAAAUAUGCCAAAGUUCUGCUUUGUUCGGUGACGAUUGUGAUGAAGAAUUUUCCUACAUUCCGUUGAUUCUAAUAUUCUUAUCGCAAUUUGCGCUCGGAAUCGGAAAUACGCUUUACUGUUCACUCGGACCAACUUACAUUGAUGAUAAUACAAAGAAACGCAACACACCGUUAAUAUUUGCUUAUGCAUAUGCGUUGCGAAUCUUUGGUCCUACACUUGGAUAUGGUUUUUCUUAUAUUAUAUUGAGGGUUUACAUCGCUCCUACGCUUACACCACUCAUCCCACAAGACGAUCAACGCUGGAUGGGUGCAUGGUGGCUUGGAUGGAUUCUGAUCGGAAUAUUGAUGUUUAUCUUUGCUGGAAUAAUUGGAUCAUUUCCAAAAAGUGUAAAGAAGGAAAAGACGUUCAAAAGCAUUGAAUUGGAUACAAAUAAAUGUGAUAAAAACAUUGAAAUGGAACGAAAAAUCGAAGAGAACCAAAAUGGUGACUUGAAAGAUUUUCCAAAGGCAAUAUGGCGACUGUUAACAAAUAAAUUGUUGAUGUUGAAUUGUUUUGCUAGCGUAUUUUAUCAUCUUGGCUCUGGUCCCAUGACAUUUAUGGGCCGAAUGAUGGAAGUUCAAUUCAAUAAAACAUCAGCUGGCGGAAGUGUUUUCACGGGACCACUCAACAUGUUUGGGAUGGCGAUCGGCAUAUUAUUGUCUGGUAUCGUUAUUAAAAAAUUUCAACCAUCAGCAAAGUAUUUACUCUCUUGGAAUGUUAUGAUUGGUUUAAUUUUGGCAUGUGUUAGGUUGUCAUAUACUCAAUUGGGAUGUGACAAUAGCAAUUCAUUGCUAGUCAAUGGAUCAAUUGUUUUGUGCAAUGCCAACUGUGUUUGCGAUGGAAUUCUAUACAGUCCUGUAUGCGAUGAUUCAACCAGAACAACAUAUUUUUCUCCAUGCCACGCAGGCUGUAAAUCAUUCAAUGAAAAGCAAAACGUGUACAAUGAUUGCACAUUUACUGAAGACUCAUCAAACGAAUUGCACGCGGAACACAACGUUUCAUCAGGUCCAUGCAUUGGAGAUUGUAAUUUUGAUUACUAUGCAUAUACAUUCAUUUCAAUGAUGACCAAUUUUAUCACUAUCACCGGUUUAAUAACCAGCGUAUUAGUUAAUUUCCGGUAA